UUGACAUCGCCCACAUUUACACAGCUCCGUGUCCUUUUCGGGCCACUGUCCGCUGCAAUAUCCUUUUCCCAACAGGCCACCAUGCACGGAUACGUGCCGAAUUUCCUCCGCGGAACCGACUAUGAAUUCCGCGGGACCCGCAUCCUGCGAAAACAUGCAGCCCAAGAAGCACGGAGAUAGCCACUGGCAGCAUUCCCGCAUGCUGGACCUGGACGCGUGUCACGGCAAUAAUGAGGCUUGGAGCGCGCUCUCGACUGACUCAAACGCUGCAUGGAUGACGGGGAGGUGGCCAUGGUAAUGCUCGGUCAUUCGAUGUGAUAGUCCGAACCGGGUAUUUAUUUCACUAUUUUCGGCGAUCCUUUUCACACCUAUCAUCGCCAUGUUUGACCACCACCACCACCACAUCUUGUUUUUCGGUGCAACAGGCUACAUUGGAGGAACCGUAUUCUCCAAGCUGCUCUCACAUCCCAAGGCCGACGGAUUCAAAAUCACCGCGCUGGUUAGAGAUGCAGCCAAAGCCGAAAAGCUGACUCGCACUGUCGGCAACGUCGAGAACAUCGUGGUCCAUCGGGGCUCCAAUGGCGACUUGGAUCUGCUGACCAAACUUGCGAAGGAGGCGGAUGUGGUGUUCUCAGUGGCGGACACAGUCGAUGUCCAAGCAAAGCGGGCCAUCCUGGCUGGAUCCGAGGCACGAUUCGAAGAAACCGGCAGGCCGGUGGUCGUCAUUCACACCUCGGGAGCAGGCGCGAUCGCAGACUGCACGGUUAACGGCGGACACACCAGUUCUCUUGUGUUUGAUGAUCUGGACGACGCCCAAAUGUCCGCUAUUCAGCCGACCCAAAUCCAUCGCGCCGUAGAUCUCGAAUUCUUGGCCGCUGACGAACAAGGCUACAUCAAAAGUUAUAUUAUCCUGCCGACGACGGUGUACGGCAUCCCACAUGGCCUGCUUGUCAAUGCGGGGAUCCAGAAUAGGCAAAACUCGGUCUUGUCUUACCUCGUCAGCUUGUCAAUGACGCGUGGCCAAGGCGGGAUGGUCGGUCAAGGGAAGAACAUGUGGCACAACGUGGAAUUGAAUGAAUUGGGUGAUCUGUUCAUGGUGUUGUUUGACGCGGCGAUCUCGAAUCCCGAUAGCACACCGCACGGCCAGUCCGGACUUUACUUUGCGGAGAACGGGAGCCACGUGCUGGAGGAUCUGUGCGCCGUGAUCUCCCAGGUCCUGUAUGAACAUGGAAAAGGACAGGCUCCAGCGCCAACAUCAUUCAGCGAGGAGGAGCUCGAUGCUGCUGAGUGGGGCUUCCUUGCAGCCUUGAUUGGGUCCGAUGCCCGAUGCAGGGCGAGAAAAGGACGUGCUCUGGGCUGGAAACCCACUAAAACAACCGCAGACUUCCUAGAAAAUGCUAGAGCAGUCACAGAACGUUUGCUAAUGAACGGUUAUGUUUGA